AGAUGAACAAGGUGAAGGACAUCCUGGAGGUGAACUGCACGGGGCAGGCGCUCAGCACGGUGCCCACAGACCUGCCCACGGACACAGGGAUCCUGCUGCUCAGCACCAACAGGCUGGUGUCUCUCUCCACCGCUGCCUUGCCGCUGCAGUACCUCGACCUGUCCUACAACAUGCUGGUGGCCCUGCACACCGAGACCCCCCUGCCAUCCCUGAAGGAGCUGAUCCUGUCCCACAACAAACUGAGCUCCCUGCCCACCCUGCGGGGGCUGCCCGCGCUCACCCGCCUGGCCCUGGCCCACAACAGCCUGACCACCGUGGCCACGGGCGCUUUCCUCUCCGUGCCACAGCUGCAGGACCUGGACCUGCGCGGGAACCUGCUGCGGACGCUGCCCGGGGAGGCCUUUGCAGGGAUGAAGGCACUCAAGGAUUUGGAUCUCUCGGAUAACAUGCUGGACGAACUCCCCAAGGAGCUGCUGCAGGACCUCAAGUUGCGCUACCUGCGCCCCGGGAUCCGCGACAACGUCGGCAGCGUCUACCAGCCCGAGAGGGGAGUGGAGAAAACCAAGGUGGAGCUUGCCCCCGAGAAGGUGCUGUGCCAAAGCCCUCCUGAGCAUCAGCAGACACCCAUCAUCCACUUCAAGCCCAACUGUGGCAACGUGGGUGAUAUGGAUGAAGAAGACGAUGACUACUAUGGGGAAGAAACAGCAGAGGAAG